ACUGACACUCCCGGCACAGGCUCGGCUCAGAACUCGGAUGCCCAGGGUCUAGUGCGCUUUCCCUCCUAAUGCGGUCUCGAGCCUUUCGCACUUAGCCGGUCAUUCUCUCGAGCGCGGGGACAUUCGCAUACCGUCGGUUUCGGUUGUUUGUCGACCGCGGCACUAGCUGUCAAUUUCAUCCUCCGCGAGUGUGGGUGUACUUUAACACUUUGCGUGCUCGUGUGUUUGUGUGUGUGUGUGUGUGGGUCCGUAUGUCUAAGCCACCUCCAACAAAGCUCACCAUUGCUCUGGCUCCAAAAACAGUCCGUGUUUAUUGUAUCCACAGUGUAAAGUGUGUCUGUGUGUCCCUCUUUGUAUCCCCGAGUGUGUGUGUUUCGGUGCAGUGAAUUUCAGUGUGUUGUGCACAGGGAUAUCGUCCGUUCGGUUGCGACACGUCGCACGGCAGUUAUAGGCCGAGGCCGACACAGUGUCCGGAUAGCUGAAUGUCCCUGCCAGCCGUAUCGCUGGUCACGAAAGCCCAAGAUUGCCUACCGCAAAGCGACGAAAGGUGCGCGCUACUUCAUCUCUGCCACCGCCGUCGCCGGGGGAAAAUCGAUUCCACCGCAACGUUCCCUUGUAUAUACCGCGUGUGUGGGCUCCCACUUCUGACCGAUACACGUGCGCGCACCCGCCAGUGGUGAAGCUUAAGAAGAAGAAGAAGAAGAAGAAGCGGCGGUUUUGGUUCGGGAGCGCCAGUACCAGUACUGCGGGCGCUUUUAAGGCUGCAGGUUCGUUGUCGUCGCUGGGCUCGAAACAGUUUUGGGCGAUAGGAACGGUUUCUCGCAGUACUGCAGUAGCGGCCUCAACCUGGAUUCCUUCAUCAUCAACGGUGGUGGUAAUCAACGAUACGCGAACUUCCCCGGCCUCAACAAGGUGUUCCUGGGCGCGCUGCAGCGAUGAUGAAAUGGCAGUAAAUGAAAUGUGACAAAGUUGUGGUUUCAAAAAUUCCUCCCCCAAUCGCAAAAGGGGCAACGUUCCAGUACACCAGCAAGUGCAAUUACUUUGUUUUCCGGCCGGGCGUAUUGCAUCACGAAAGCCGAAAGUGAGCUGAAAGUUUUGUACUCCUCACCCAUAUACACACAGACACACACAGACAUAAACCGGGCACGGAUUGCCCUUUGGUUUCAGAACGGCAAAAAAAGCUCAUUCCGCCAUCGCCGCUCGUUCGUUAACCCCGACUCGGGACGGGUUGGUGCUGUUGCGGUCGUUCCAGUUCCACCGCAAAGCCAAACUAGCAAACAACCAAGCGUGAUACGGCUACGACCCCACACCGUGUGUGCCUUUACCUGCGUGUCGCUGUGCGAGGUUGUUAGAUUCGUCGUACCCGAGGCCUUUUGGGCUGUGCGGGUGCUGCAAGAGUGCGGAAAUAAAGUAACGAAAUCGCGUGUGAUUGCACCUGUACAGGCCUGUGUCUGUGUGGCCUUCCCGAUUGUCCGACCUAGCCGGCCCCAAACCUAGUCGCACAAAUGUUGAGCAGCGACCAGCAGCAGCGGCAGUAUGCGGCCGGACAGCGGCCGGACAGUGGGCAACCGCAAGCCGGUGGCAACGGUAGCGGAAACCACUCGUCGGCGGAAACCUCGCCCGGCCACAGUAACGCGACGGGCAGUGACUUUUUCAUGUUCGACGAGCUCAGCUCGGCACUGACUGAUGAGCGAAACAAUGGCCACAAUCAUCAUCAGCAGCAGCAGCAGCCGCUGCACCACUACCAACCGUCGCCGUCUGCGAACGGAAGCAGCCCGGCUAGCUCCAGCAACUCUGGCAGCACCAACAGCUUGCUAAGCAAUGGCGACAGUCUAAUGGCACGAAUCAAUCAGCUCAAUCAGCAGCAGCAGCAGCAGCAACAGUACGGUGGCGGGAGAACCCGUUCACCCCCGACCGGUGCAAUAGUGCCGGUCGACGGCAGCACAAUAGCAGUGGUGGCGUCCUCGCCCACAAAUACCGGUCAGCAACAGAUACCGGUCAGCAACUCCCUUGCACAACAGCACCAGCACCUGCUUGCCGCGUCCGUCGCGCUGGGCCGUGGUGGUGGUGGUGGUGGUGCAUCCUUUGUGCAACGCGGCCCGAUUGAUGCCACCGAUGGCACAACGUCGAGCAUCCAGCAACAGCAGUAUGGUGGCGGUGGUGCCGGUGUACCACAGUUCCACAACAGUUUUGCACAUACUGGACACCAUCAGCAGCAGCAGCAGCAGCACAAAGCGGCCUUUUAUCAAAGUCAGCAGCAGCAGCACCAGCAGAAUCAUCUUCACCAUCAGCAGAACAUACAACUGAGGCCAGGUUUCGGUAAGUCCCCCGAUGCGCACAUUGAUCCCAGCAGGACGGUCACACAACUGAACCACGCAAUGGAACUGUUCGAAGCUACGGGAACUACCACCGCCACCACUACCACUGCUACCAAUGGCGGCGGAGACAACUAUCACUUCAAGACGCUGGUACCGUCGGUCGCGGCCGGUGCCAUCAUCGGCAAGGGCGGCGAAACGAUCGCCUCCCUACAGAAGGAUGCCGGUGCCCGGGUGAAGAUGUCCAAGGCGCACGACUUCUACCCCGGUACCACCGAGCGUAUCUGUCUCAUUAGCGGCACGGUCGAGGGCAUCCUGGCCGUGCUCGACUUUAUCACCGACAAGAUACGCGAGAAGCCCGACAUUACCAAAGCGCUCACCGAGGCGGACGCGAAGCAGGCCCAGGAGCGCGACAAGCAGGUCAAGAUACUGGUGCCGAACACGACCGCGGGCAUGAUCAUCGGUAAGGCCGGUGCGUACAUCAAACAGAUCAAGGAGGAGUCCGGCUCCUACGUGCAGAUCUCGCAGAAGCCGAAAGACCUGACGCUGCAGGAGCGCUGCAUCACGAUCAUCGGCGAGAAGGAGAACAACCGGAUUGCAUGCAAGAUGAUCCUGGCCAAGAUCGUCGAAGAUCCCUCAUCCGGCACCUGCUUGAACGUAUCAUACGCAGACAUCAACGGACCGGUGGCCAACUUCAACCCCACUGGUUCGCCAUUCGCCGCCUCACAGAAUCCCAAUUUCAGCUCGAGCACCGCCUCACUCAACUCCGCCAUCAGCGGGCCGCUGCCGAAUGCGGCGGCCACCGGUUUGCUGGUCAACGGCACCGGGCUCAAUCUGUCAUUAAACCUAGGUGCACCAUCACCACAGACUAAUCCUACCGUUACCACACAAUUGCUUGAUCAUAUUAAGAGUGCCAUGAGACAGUCCGGCUACUCGGACACGGCCACGGCUGAGGUGCAUGCCGCGCUCGGUGUGCUGGCAAAGUAUGGCGUCCUGGGCAUCGGUGUCGGGCUGCAGAACGGUACGCACUCGACCACGCUCGGCUAUCUGGGCAUGCCGGAGAUGCAACAGUCGUCGGCGGCGGCCGCGGCCGCUGCCUCGGCCGCCACCGGCGUGUACGGUGCCGUCGGUCAGCUCAACCUCGACUCGUACCUGCACGGGGCGGGCACGGCGACGCCUCGCACUACCGCCAUCGAUCGCUACGAUCCGACCACGUUCGAUCCGUUCCGGCAUCCGGGCACGCAGGCGGCGACCCCGAUCUCGAUCAACAACAAUGCGUUCGGGCUCGGCAACCCGAGCGCCCUGAACGCGGCCGCCCAAACGCUCGGCUCGCUCAGCAAGAGCCCGACCCCGGCCGAGAUGACCACGAGCAAGGAGAAGAACGUCGAAAUCCCGGAAGUGAUCGUAGGUGCCAUCCUCGGACCGGCCGGGCGCAGUUUGGUCGAAAUUCAGCACAUAUCCGGCGCGAACAUUCAGAUCUCGAAGAAGGGCAUCUUUGCGCCGGGCACGCGCAACCGGAUCGUCACCAUCACCGGCCAGCAGAACGCGAUCAACGUGGCGCAGUACCUAAUAGAGGAGCGCAUCAGCCAGGAGGAGACGAAGCGGGCGUGCCAGACGGCGGCCAAUGCGGCGGCCACCAACAAAACGUCGGCCGCGUCGGUCGCCACCGUAACGCAAUAGGGGUGCCGGACGGCAACGGGAGCAGUAGUAGCUGCAGCCGCCGCCGCCGCCGCCGCCGCCGCCACCGUCACGCCCAGCCGCCUAGCCGCGUUCGCUAGUCCUCCGCCCAAGAGCCGCCUGCAGUCCGCGAUCGACGAGUUUAAGGCAAACAUUCAUCUGUACGUAGCGCAUCCUUCAAUCUGAAUCCCCGUUUUGCGAUGGGAGCGUUGCGCCCACUGCGAGGGCGCCAGAACCCGCUGGGAGUAUAGGAGAAGUGUGAUAUGUGGAAGAGGAGGACGUGGAAGAGAGCGAGAGAAUGUGUGUGUGCGCGUGCGGUGCACGGGAGGGAGGAAGGAAACAAAAACAAAACAAAUACAGCAAAGGAAGACAUAUUACAGUGUAGGGACAUAUUAGAAGCGAGUUUCGUUUAACGUUAGUGUAACCACUAAUCCACUCUUCGAGCGAGCGAGAGAUAGAGAGACGCGUCCGCUAAAUUCAGUUUCAGAACGGGCGAAGAGUGAAUGUCUGCGUGUGCGUGUGUGUGUUUCGUUUUUAGGGCAAAAAAAAAAGUUGUUUCUCGUUGUACACGUACAUCGUUUCAUUCGUACACUUUGUUGUUAGAUUUUAAUUUUUGCGGCUCCACCGCCCGCUCUACCACUUCAUUCGUUUCGAUUACGAUGGGGCGGCUUGGUUGCUCCGUCGAGUGAAGGCAGUGCGGGCAGCAAGGUAAACAAAAAGGAUAAUAUAUAGCGUUAAUAUUCAAAUUGAUUAUGUGAGCCAAGGCAAAGGGGAAAACAAAUCACAGUAAUAAUCGUACAAUGGGCGUAAAAAGAAGAAGAAGAAGAAGUAACAGUUGGGAAAAAAAAACAAAUUAUCAAGAACAAGAGUAAACUUGAAAUGAUUUCGCGUUGUGAUAGCGAACAGAGAAACGCCACGGUCGUUUGAAACCGUAGUUGGGGAUAGUAGUAGAAAGGCUGGGUAACAAAAACAAAGCGUUUAGGUAAAUAUGAAAUGGGUGAAAACACCCCAAAAAAAACAUACACAUUCACACAAUGCAAGAAAAACACACACACUCACACAUACACACAAUUUAUUACAAACUACAGCUCUAGGAAAUGUGAAUGGUAAACGAUUGUGUAAUUGUUAUUUUACUAGAUAAAUUUUGUUGCGCGCUAGAAUGGACGCGGGAUAAGAAAAAAAACGUCUAAAGGAAAACCCCCCACACACACACAUGAAAUCGUACAUGUAUAAAGAAAUUUUAACGAAGGAAAGAGCUACAGACAACAACAAAAACACAUUAUGAAAAGUUAGAAGCAAAACUUUCACCCUAAUCAUGUGCAACUUCCCGUGUAGGAGAUAAAACUAAACGAAAACAAAGCAUAACAUCACACACCAACAUAAGCAUCACACAUCGGAUUGCGAUCACGGGAUGGGAUGGGACGCAGGGCAAAGAGAUCGAUGAACACUUUAAUGCAUGUGUGGUUAAGGCGUGGUACGCCACAAUGCAAGGCACCCGUCGUAGUAGUAAGAAGGACCAUUUAAUUAGUAGUUAAACAUGUUACCCCUGUCCAAGUUUCCUUUUUUUAGUUUGGUUUGCGCCGAUCGGGCAGGAUCCCUUCCGUUCAAGUUUCGCUCAAAGCGUACCAACCAGCUCGUGCGGGAUGGGGGGAAAAGCCCUCCGAAAAGCGCUUCAUUUGCAUCAUACUUUUCAAAGGAUUCUCCUGUUUGUUCGUUAUGCGAUCUCUGCUGAUCGCCGCUUACGAUGCCAGUCAUACACGUUUUUUUUUUUUUUUAAUAGAAUGUAGGCCGUUAAUUCAAUACCAAAAACACAUUUAAAAAAACAUCACCGAUCGAUCAAGCGGAUCGAGACACAUCAUACAGUGCGCGCCAGGGUUGUUUCUGUUACUUUAAUUUUUUGAUUUGUUACACUUUUAUAUUAUUUCCCUAGUGUGCCCGAUUCGAAGACACUGUUAAGGGCCCGCUGAUACAGUGGGUCGUUGCCCAUUCGCUGAGUUUUAAGAAAAUUGUAAAGACUCCCACAUCCCACAUCAUCAACCCUUUCGCAGACCAUCGUCAUACCGUAAUUGCUUCACACUCGAUUCUUUGCUCGAUCGAGCAUCGAGCCACCCGCAGUCAUAAAUCUCCCCCACCCAGAACAACCAGCUAGUGUGGACACUAGCACCUAGUACAGCGGGUUUUUGUUUGUAACUUGGUAGUUACGUUUAUUAAUCUAUAUCGUUCUUAUUAAUUCGUUCUAAAAACAGAGCAGCGGCGAACGCUAUUAGAACGCUCCAAGGGAAGCGUCGGGACAUGUGGAAUAUAGGGAAUGGGAAAGGAAAGUUACAAGCCUGUACAAGCGCGAUGGUAUCCGAGCACGCAUGCCGCAUGCCGUGGUACGGAUUGGUUUGAGCGUAUCGAUUGUUUUUUUUUUUAGUCGGGACAUUAUUCUAGUGACUUAGCAGUUUAAGUUUAACAGUAGCAUACUUUUUUUUAAUUUUGUUUUUUCGUUGCUUUCAUUCUUUAUUUACCGCGUAACACGCAUACGCAACUUUGCCUAAAUGUCGCAAUCUACACGGAACACGCGGUGUUUUGUUUUUACGCAGGAGUCCAUCCUUUGGUCAAGGAUAAAGCAUCAUUUAUUCCUGUUACUUUACUUCACCCACCAAUCCAGCGGUGAUCCAGGCCUAAGAAUUUAUUUCUCACUUCCAACGGCUCGUGUACGAUUUGCUGCAUGCUUUAUAACCGUUACCGUAAUGUUUAGUUAACGUAGCUUAGAAAGAUAGGAAAGGAAAGGGGCGUAGGAAAAGGAUAUUGGUUCUUCCAUGCAGCAAAGGGGAGAUGAGGGGAGGAGGGAGAGCGUUUAAUCAAAACAGUAGCGAGGAUCCGCUUCCGUUUUCCUAGCGUGUAUGUAGGGCGCGCGCGUGCAAUAGGUUUUACCCCUUUGUUUUAUCGAUGCAAUCGUUCAUAUCUAUCUUACAUUUGUUAAUAUGCGUUAGUACAGAUGUGUAUUUCUUUUUCACACACCAUCACACAAACAAGCAUGUUUUAUCUCACUUUGUUUCCGCUUUGCUUGUGGCAGCAACUAGAUGAAGCUUCACGAGCAAAUGCUAGGCGUUUAGAAAUAAAAGGGAAAAGUUUAGAAAAGCAAAAGAAUUCUCUCUCUCGUAAGACCAACCGACAAAGAAAGACGUACCAUCACCAAUUGGCACAGAAACAAGUGCUCUUUUGCCCGGACACAAAGUAGGAAAACGCUCAAACAAGGAGAAAGCAACGAGAAGGACAACAUCACAAAAAAAAGCAACAGAGAACAGUUUGCUAUAAAGGAGACAGCUGGAGAAGAGGAAAGUGUGAGAACAGAUAAGAGGUGUCGAACUUUUAUGUGCCACCUAUACCGAGAUACACACGUUUAAGGUGUGUUUGUACGUGCGUGAGAAUUGUAUGCUUGGGGCCAUCUUCCACUGAAUGUGCCGUCUGUUUUUGGUAAAUCAACUCAAAAAGCCUUGCUCCAUAUCCUCACUCGUGUGACCCAAAUUAGCCUCUCUUGCGGUGUUUUGCCCUUACUUUGUGUCUGGGUGGAUCUCCUGUGCGUGUGCAGGCUACCUGUUUCUGUUGCAUCUGUAACAUCUGUUUUGCACUAUUUAAAUUCGCAAACUGCUGUUCAUACAUUCACCGCCACCACGGUUUGUGCAACUGAAUGUGGUAUGGUAUGGUGUUCUACAUUUGGGCUACACCCGUGCUCUCUAGGGGAAAGUGAGCACGGAACGAACGUUGAAAAGACACGGGUACCGAGAUGGGAAAUGUAAGGGCAAAAGGGUUCCAUAUACACACCUACACAUCGUACACGUUAAGCUGUUAUAAUGUUGUAAAAUAAUUAUUAAACGCAAACAUUGAUACAUUUCUUCAUUCAGUUACCAUACCGCUUGACAGUAAGAAGCGAAUGAGAUGCUCCUAGCGGGGGAGCAGGGUAGGCAAAUUGUUAGUGUAGGAGUCCUUACGACGGGUUUACAGUUUUUUGUUUGUUCUUCUUCUUCUUCUUCUUCUUCUUCUUAAUGGGGUGGUAGUAUUCGAUACAGCUCCAGCACAUCGACACAUAAGAUUUCUCGUUACAAAAUACCCCCGUAUGUAGUAGUGAAACAGUCAAACGCCUGUGAUGCGUGGCACACAUAUGGCACACAUAAACGUAAACGUAAUAAUACAAACCUUCCCCACAGUCCCCCGCACCUUUCCUACCCCAUUAUAUGUGCAUGCAUACACUCGUAACCCAUCUACUACUAUCUACUACUGUGUUAUGUUUUAUUCAAAGUUUAUCUAUAUUUAUAGUGCAAAUGCAAGCGGGGCAAGCACGAUGGGUUUUAGGCCCUAUCGAUUAACCAUUACACAAAACAAAACAGGAAGACCCUAAAACAAAUAAGCGGACAGGUGAAAGUAAGCGAAAGUGCUACAGUUUAAAAAAAACAGACAGGAAAACAACAACGUGGCAAGAUAACAAAAACUAGAAAAUAAAGAUAGCAAGGAAGGCAGGGCGCGGGCGGAAGUAGAAGAUUAAUAAAUUGAAAUGGAUUGAAUGAGCAGUAAAGCGCUGUUUUGGGGGUUUGCAAAACGUGACGCGUGGGGACCGUAUAACAACCGUAAGCAGCACGCCAACAAAAGAUGGGUGAAGUGAAGAAACAACCGAACGAGGAAAGAGCGAGGAAACAACCCAAAACAAAACAAAAAAGAGGAACGGAAAUGAAAAGCGAGUCACUCCCACAAUGGUAGAAGGUUUUAAGGAUGAAAUUAAGCGAAAAUACACAGAACAUUACGAGACAAAUUAA